AUGCCUCCUAUAAGACGAAGCAAUUUAGGUAGAAGAACCAGAAAUGCUACAAACCAAGCUAAUUACCGAUCUAAUUCACAAACGCGUGAAGCGCGAGCAAGUUUGAAUCGAGCUGCUUUUAGUUACGAUGUGUCAAUUGACUACAGCAUUAAAAUACAAAACGAAGCCAAUGGAUUGUGUUGCGCAAAUGGUAAAGUGAAAUUGAUACCAUUGGAUCCACCACCAGAACCAUUGUACUCAUUGGUUUCAGGAAUAGGAACAGAUUCUAUACACUUUUUGACAAAUAUCCAACAAUAUAACAAUUGCUUUCAAAUGACUUCAUUUGGGGCAACAAAUGUAGUUCGGGAAAAUUUUAUGCCAACUUUCAAGAUACAAGGGCAAAUAUAUCAUAGAGCAGGUUCACUGUUACCAGUGUCAGAUAGCGACAACAAAUUCCUGCAAAUUUAUUUUAUGGGCAAUUCACCACAAGAAAUUGAUCUGCGUUGUGCACAUAACAAUUUAGUAAAGAGGUCUAUUGUAGAACAAUUACAAACUUUAUUUCAUCAGCACAAUCAAUUGAUUAUAUUGUUUAAAACUGCCCUGGAUCUGAUGCCAUCCGAUAAUCACAAAAUUGUAAUCAGAGCUGAUAAAACACCUGCAGGUCAACAUACAAGACGUUUUAAUGCACCAACUAUUGAUGAAGUUGCUAUCGUUGUAGUUGGAGAAAACUUGGAAUCCCGUGAUAUUGUUUUACGUCGUCGGAAUGAUCAAUUACAACGUAUAAAGGAAACACACCGCUCAUAUGAUGCACUGCAAUAUCCCAUUAUAUUUUGGCAAGGUGAAGAUGGCUACGAUUUCUCAAUAAAAAUGAUAAAUCCCAUUGCAGGUUCUGAAACCAACAAAAAAGUCAGUUCAAUGAACUAUUAUUCAUACCGCCUAAUGAUUCGGGAAAAUGAAGAUAAUCACAUAUUGAAAUGUCGGCGAUUAUAUCACAAAUAUGUUGUUGACAUGUAUGUUAAAAUUGAAACGGAAAGAUUAACAUUCAUCAGGUUGAAUCAAACCAAACUCCGAUCUGAAGAGUAUAUUCACCUUCGAGAUGCGAUUAAUACUGAUGGAAAUGCACAGAAUGUCGGUCGGAUGACUAUUCUUCCAGCAACAUACAUCGGAAGCCCUCGGCAUAUGCACGAAUAUGCUCAAGAUGCCAUGUCGUAUGUUCGUCAUUAUGGUACAGCAGAUUUGUUCAUCACAUUUACAUGCAAUCCGCAAUGGAUAGAAAUCAAUCAGGAGUUAUUCUCUGGCAAUCACCCAUUGAUCGUCAUGAUAUUACAGCCAGAGUCUUUAGACAAAAACACGCUGCUGGAUGUAUUCUGUGUGGAGUGGCAGAAACGAGGAUUGCCACAUGCACACAUUUUGAUUUGGUUGGUUGAAAAUAUAAGGCCAAAUGAAGUUGAUGCAGUGAUAUCAGCUGAAAUCCCUAAUGUACAAGUAGAUCCUGGAUUGCAUGAGGUAGUUAUCAAAAACAUGAUACAUGGUCCCUGUGGAACUCUUAAUCAAAAUUCACCGUGUAUGAUGGAUGGUAAAUGUUCAAAACGAUAUCCACGGACAUUAAUAUCGGAAACAAUUACUGGUAAUGACGGUUAUCCAUUGUAUCGUCGCAGAUCGACAGCAGACAAUGGAAAAUCAACAAUUGUCAAAUUAAAUCAACAAGAUAUUGAAAUAGAUAAUCGUUGGAUUGUUCCAUAUUCACCCAUUUUAUCAAAGACAUUCAAAGCACACAUCAACGUUGAAUCUUGCCAUUCAGUGAAAUCUAUUAAAUACAUUUGCAAAUAUGUAGCCAAAGGGAGUGAUAUGGCUGUGAUUGGAAUUGGUGCAGAGAAUUCCAAUGAUGAAGUUACCCAAUACCAAAUGGGCCGCUAUGUCAGUAGUAAUGAAGCAGUUUGGCGAAUAUUUUCUUUUCCUAUUCAUGAGAGACACCCUUCUGUUGUUCACUUAGCUGUGCAUUUAGAAAAUGGACAAAGAGUGUAUUUUACAGCACAGAACGCAGUACAAAGAGCUGCUCAGCCACCAUCUACUACAUUAACCAGUUUUUUUGAGACAUGCCAAAACGAUGAUUUCGCACAAACAUUGCUAUAUUCUGAAAUGCCAAAAUAUUAUACCUGGAAUCAAUCCUCAAGGAGAUUUAUACGACGGAAACAAGGAAAACCAGUUCCAGGAUAUACAGAUGUAUAUUCCACCGAUGCGAUUGGCCGGAUUUAUUCAGUACAUCCAAGCAAUGAUGAAUGUUUUUACUUACGACUGCUAUUAGUCAAUGUACGUGGCCCAACAUCAUUCCAACAGUUACGAACUGUUGAUGGUGAAUUGUGUGUAUCCUACAGAGAAGCCUGUCAACGUUUGCAAUUGCUUGAAAAUGACGCUCAUUGGGAUCAAACUCUCAAUGAUGCUGUAAUAUCAUCACACGCUCAUCAAAUACGAACAUUGUUUUCUAUAAUCAUAUCUACAUGCUUCCCAUCAAACCCAAUUGAUUUGUGGAUCAAGUACAAAGAUUAUAUGUGUGAUGAUAUUUUGUAUCAAAUACAGAAUAGAAUGGGAAAUCCAAAUAUACAAAUCAGUGAAGAAAUUUACAAUGAAGCAUUGAUUUCAAUUGAGGACAUGUGCUUGAUAAUGUCAAACAAACUAUUAAUUCAAUUAGGCCUGACCGCGCCCAAUCGUCCAAUGCAUGACGCUUUUAACCAAGAGUUGCAUCGAGAAAGACUGUAUGAUCUCAACGAUUUGAAAGAAUUAAUUCAAACAAAUCUUCCACUGUUAAAUGAACAACAGAAGUAUGUAUUUGAAACUCUUAUGAAAGUAACAAAUGAUGAAACUGGAGGGAUUUACUUCUUAGAUGCACCUGGUGGUACAGGAAAAACUUUUUUGAUUUCAUUAAUAUUAGCAACAAUUCGCUCACAAAAUAAAAUUGCACUUGCACUCGCUUCGUCGGGAAUCGCAGCAACUUUGCUUGAAGGUGGUCGAACAGCCCAUUCAGCACUAAAAUUGCCAUUAAAUAUGCAUAGCAAUGAAACUCCAACCUGCAACGUUUCGAAGAACUCUGCAAUGGCAAAGGUUUUGCAGCAAUGUAAAUUGAUUGUUUGGGAUGAAUGCACGAUGGCACAUAAAAAAUCUUUGGAGGCUUUGGACAGAACCUUAAAAGAUCUACGGAGCAAUAAUAACCGAUUUGGUGGUGCAAUGAUUUUAUUAGCAGGAGAUUUUCGUCAAACAUUGCCGGUGAUUCCACGAUCAACGCCAGCUGAUGAACUCAAUGCAUGUCUAAAGUCCUCCAGUUUGUGGAAACAUGUCAAAGUACUUCAUUUAAGCAAGAAUAUGCGUGUCGAGUUGCAAAAUGACCAAUCUGGAAACAUAUUCUCUAAACAACUCAUUGACAUUGGUAAUGGCAAAUUUCCUAUAGACAUGUUGACUGGCUGCAUUAACUUUCCUCUAAGUUUUUGUCAGUUAACUCGAUCAAAAGAUGAACUUAUUCAGAAGGUGUUUCCAGAUGUUUCUCAAAAUUACAGAAACCAUGAUUGGUUGAGCGAACGAGCUAUACUGGCUGCAAAAAACAUAGAUGUAAAUGAAUUAAAUUUCAAAAUUCAAGAACAAAUUACAGGCGAAUUGAUGAUAUAUAAAUCAGUUGAUUCGGCUACUAAUCAAGAUGAUGUAGUCAACUAUCCACCGGAAUUUUUAAACUCGCUGGAUUUGCCAGGAUUGCCACCUCACAAUCUUCAAUUAAAGGUUGGAUCGGUGGUUAUAAUGUUGCGAAAUAUCAACCAACCGCGUCUUUGCAACGGUACACGGUUAGCGAUAAAAAAAUUACUAAACAAUGUGAUAGAAGCAACUAUACUCAAAGGAAAGUAUAAAGGAGAAGAUGUUCUCAUACCGCGCAUCCCAAUGAUUCCGACUGAUGUGCCAUUUGAGUUUAAACGACUACAGUUUCCAGUGCGUCUUGCUUUUGCUAUGACUAUAAACAAGUCACAGGGGCAAUCAUUAAGUGUUUGUGGUAUUAAUCUAGAAAACCCAUACUUCUCACAUGGUCAAUUGUAUGUUGCCUGUUCCCGUGUUGGAAAACCAUCAGAUUUGUUUAUCUAUGCGCCAGAACCGUCACCUGGUGAUAGGGCGUUGUGA